UUAUGAUAUGUGGGAUACAAUGAUUGAAAAAGUGAAGAUGGCAAUAUAUAGGUAUGAAAGAAAGCGACAAAGUGAAAGUUCUUCCUUUUAUGAAGUGGUGCAUGGGAUACUUGUAGCUCGUUGGAACAAGAACAAUACUCCGCUUCAUUGCUUGGCACAUUCACUAAAUCCAAGGUACUAUAGUGAUGUGUGGCUUAGUGAAGACCAAAGUCGAGUUCCACCACACAAGGAUUUAGAGGUCUCAAGAGAGAGAACAAGGUGCCUUAAAAAAUACUUUAGUGACCCACAAGAGCGUUCAAAAGUCCAAUUGGAGUAUGCUAAUUUUUCAUCAAACUCGGGGGAAUUUGGGGAGAGUGAUUCUAUAUGUGAUAGAUAUACCAUGGAUCCUAAAAGUUGGUGGGUUGUACAUGGUUCAUAUGGUCCCUUGCUUCAAGAGUUAGCUUUGAAGUUGCUUGUCCAGCCUUCUUCCUCCUCAUGUUGUGAGAGGAACUGGAGUACUUAUUCUUUUAUUCACUCAUUGAGAAGGAACAAGAUGGCGCCACAACGGGCUGAAGAUUUGGUUUUCAUUCAUAGUAAUCUCCGUCUUCUGUCAAGGAGAACCCCACAGUACAAUGAAGGACGAACUAAGAUGUGGGAUAUUGCAGGAGAUGCAUUUGAUUCAUUUGGUGAUGUUGGGGUGCUUGAGGUUGCAAACCUCUCACUUGAUGAGCCAGAAUUAGAGGCGGUAUUAUUUACCGAUGAUGGAAGUGUUAAUGAUGAUGAGAUUCAUGAGACAAUUGAUGAUGAACAACAAUAGAUGAAUGCUGAUAUGUUCUUUUUUUUUUGUUUUGGACUACCCUUUUGGUAUUGUAAAUGGUAAAGUCCUAGGUCAAAUGAUGGAUGGGAAUAGAUGAUAGUACACUGACUUGUUUUUGUAUCUUUUUUGGGACUAGCCUUUAGGUUUUUGUGAAUGUUAAGUGCUAACAGUACAGUCCUGAAUGUUAAACAAUCAUGAAUGUUAAUAGUCCUUUCAGUCUAUGCUUUUGUAUUUGGAGUAAAGUUGCAAUGAUGAUUAAA